AUGGCCUCGUCCACGAUGAAUUCAACGGACAAUGAUAUGAAAAAGGAGUCAAUUCAACUGGGGGCUCUGCCCGGUGGAUUACAGAAUCAAGGCCUUGAUGUUCAGGCUGGAAGCGCUCGAAAUAUGACAAAAUUGGAAACAAUAUCUGCCAGCUGGGUGAUAUGUGACAGUUGGGCCGGAGUGGCUGGUACAGUUGCUUUAGCCAUUGCACAAGGAGGACCUGCUAUGCUCGUAUAUGGUCCAAUUAUAACAUUGAUACUUGUUGGUGCAUGUACUUUGACUCUUGCAGAGUUGGCAAGUGUAUAUCCCACUGCUGGAGGCCAGUACCAUUGGACAUCUAUUCUGGCCCCGAAAAAGGUCAAUCGCAUUUUGGUCAGUUUCUUCAACCCCCUUGGGAAGGUCGAGCUCAUUACUUACAACUUCCUUUAA